CGUGUCUGUUCCUGGGAUGGUCUGCUGUGAAGACCUCUGUCCUGCUCUCCUAUACUUCGUUUCAUCAUGGCUUUCCAAUCCCCGCCGGCCUCUCCGGUUGAGGCCGUCCAGGCCCGUCCGCCGCGCUAUCCGGGCGAGGAUACCACGCCCACCACUCGCAAGGAACUCUGGGGAUGGUACGCCUAUGGCAUUGCUGCUGAAGUCUUUGCUGUCUGCGGCGUGGGCUCGUUCCUCCCUCUCACUCUGGAGCAAUUGGCCCGCGAGCGCGGAUACUUCCAGAACAGCCAUUUGCCGUGUGUCGGUCCCGACUCGCCGUCUGCGCCCGGAAAAGACUCUCCAGCCAUGUUUCGCCGGGAUGAUACCAAUGAGCAAUGCGUGGUGGGAUUGAUGGGACUGCAGAUUAAUACUGCGAGUUUCGCCAUGUAUACCUUUUCGCUGGCGGUGCUGGUGCAGGCAUUGACCUUGAUCUCGUUCAGUGCGUUAGCAGAUUAUGAGAACAACCGAAAGACUCUGCUUCUGGCGUUUGGGUUCAUCGGAUCAGCCACAAGCAUGCUGUUCGUGUUCAUUGCGCCGCCAGUCUUUGUCCUGGGCGCACUCUUGGUCGUCAUUGGCAUCGUCUGUCUCGGUUCAUCCUUUGUGGUUCUCAACUCGUUUCUGCCCGUUCUGGUCGCCAAUGAUCCCUCCAUCCAGAAAGACGCCAAAGAAACUGCCGAGGAACUACACCAAAUGGACUCGGACGGCGAAUACGUGCAUGCACGAGCAUCCUUCGACACCGAGGACUCGCCCCAUCGUCCUCCAACCGGCCUAGGCCUAGGCGGCGCAACCGGCACCUCCUCCCCGGAACUGCAACUCUCCACCAAAAUCUCAUCCAAAGGCGUCGGCCUGGGCUACUGCGCCGCAGUCUUCGUGCAGAUCCUCAGCAUCCUACUCCUCUUCGGCCUCUCCAAAACCUCCCUCCCCAAAGCCUCCGGCACACUUCCCCUCCGCUUCGUGCUCCUCCUCGUCGGCAUCUGGUGGUGCACCUUCACCCUCGUCAGCCGUCGCUGGCUGCGCACUCGCCCGGGCCCGCCCCUCGAAUCCACCAGCACCAGCACCACCUCCCCCCAACCCCGCUGGCGCAUCUGGCUGCACCUCAUCGCCUUCGCCUGGAAAUCCCUCUGGCAAACGAUCAAAACGGCCCUCCGCCUCCGCGAAGUCCUCCUCUUCCUCAUCGCCUGGUUCCUCCUCUCCGACGCGAUGGCCACCGUCUCCGGCACCGCGAUCCUCUUCGCCCGCACCGAACUCCACAUGAGCACCACCAUGAUCGCCCUCCUCUCCAUCACCGCCACCCUCUCCGGCAUGACCGGUGCCUUCCUCUGGCCCUUGAUCUCCCGCCACUUCGGCCUGAAACCCAACCACACCAUCAUCCUCUGCAUCGCGCUCUUCGAACUCAUCCCCCUCUACGGCAUGCUCGCCUACAUCCCGCUCGUCAAAAAAUGGGGCGUCCUCGGCCUCCAACAACCCUGGGAAAUCUACCCCCUCGCUAUCGUCCACGGUAUCGUCUCGGGCGGACUCGCAUCCUACUGUCGUUCGUUCUUUGGGCUGUUGAUCCCCCCCGGUAGCGAAGCGGCGUUUUAUGCCCUCUAUGCGGCCACGGAUAAGGGGAGUUCGUUCAUUGGGCCCGCGAUUGUCGGGGCGUUGAUUGAUGCCACGGGGCAGGUGCGCUCGGGGUUUGUGUUUAUUGCGGUGUUGAUUGUGUUGCCGAUUCCGUUGGUGUGGAUGGUUAAUGCGGAGAAGGGGCGCGUGGAGGGGGUCGCGGUGGCGGAGAAUCUCGCGAAGAGGAGGGAUGCAGGGGAUGGGGAGGGAGAGGAGGUAGAGGGGUUGUUGGAGGGUAGAUUAUGAUUAGAUGAGUUAUGGAUAUGAUGAGAUGAAUAUGUGAUUUU